CAACUUUUUCAACCAGCAUGCCUGGAACCCCAGUUAAUACAUCAACAAACCUUACUUCCUACACAAGCACAAGUUUAUCAACAACAACUUCCACGAUGCAUUCUGUCUCACCUUCAGUUUCUUCAACAAAAAGGUUUACAGAAAUGUCAACACCAAGAGUCCAGAAUUCCCCCACUGGUACAAGCAUACCCACAACUCCAUCAACAAUUACAACACCUUCACCAGCGUUCUCAACCAGCAUGACAUCGCCACUGACUAAGAUAACUUUGGUCCAAAAUUCCUCCAGCAUGACAGGCAUAACUACAUCUAUAACAACAAAAACAUCUACAGAUUCAUCAAUAACGUCUCCAACAUCCACAACAUUGAAAGCAGUCACCCUUACUCUUACCCCUGGAUGUAAUUGUCACUGGUCAGAAUGGAACGAUUUUGGGAGCCCAACGGCAGGCCCCGAUGGCGGUGAAAUUGUACCUAUUGAAAAAAUAACUGACACUUAUCCUACCUUAUGCUCAGCACUAAUGGAAGUACAGUGUCGUGCAAAACGUUAUCCUGAAGUUCCUCUUUCAAAACUUGGACAGAUUGUGAAAUGCAGUACGAAAGAUGGUCUAAUUUGCUUGAACAAACACCAAGGCCUUGCACAGCAAUGCUACGACUAUGAGAUUAGAACAUUCUGUUGUGAUGAAAACUGUAGAAAUAUCACAACAUCUUUACUAAGUACAGCUACUACAACAGUUUCAUCAACAAGCAUGCACUUACCACCUAGUACAACAUCAGUGGUCCAAAGUUCCUCCACAGUUAAAGGAAUAUCCACAGACACAUCAACAACAAUUUCUACUGGUAGAUCUUCACCAACUUUUUCAACCAGCAUGCCUGGAACCCCAGUUAAUACAUCAACAAAACUUACUUCCUACACAAGCACAAAUUUAUCAACAACAACUUCCACGAUGCAUUCUGUCUCACCUUCAGUUUUUUCAACAAAAAGGUUUACAGAAAUGUCAACACCAAGAGUCCAGAAUUCCCCCACUGGUACAAGCAUACCCACAACUCCAUCAACAAUUACAACACCUUCACCAGCGUUCUCAACAAGCACGACAUCGCCACUGACUAAAAUAACUUUGGUCCAAAAUUCCUCCAGCAUGACAGGCAUAACUACAACUCUAACAACAAAAACAUCUACAGAUUCAUCAAUAACGUCUCCAACAUCCACAACAUUGAAAGCAGUCACCCUUACUCUUACCCAUGGAUGUAAUUGUCACUGGUCAGAUUGGAACGAUUUUGGGAGCCCAACGGCAGGCCCCGAUGGCGGUGAAAUUGUACCUAUUGAAAAAAUAACUGACACUUAUCCUACCUUAUGCUCAGCACUAAUGGAAGUACAGUGUCGUGCAAAACGUUAUCCUGAAGUUCCUCUUUCAAAACUUGGACAGAUUGUGAAAUGCAGUACGAAAGAUGGUCUAAUUUGCUUGAACAAACACCAAGGCCUUGCACAGCAAUGCUACGACUAUGAGAUUAGAACAUUCUGUUGUGAUGAAAACUGUAGAAAUAUCACAACAUCUUUACUAAGUACAGCUACUACAACAGUUUCAUCAACAAGCAUGCACUUACCACCUAGUACAACAUCAGUGGUCCAAAGUUCCUCCACAGUUACAGGAAUAUCCACAGACACAUCAACAACAAUUUCUACUGGUAGAUCGUCACCAACUUUUUCAACCAGCAUGCCUGGAACCCCAGUUAAUACAUCAACAAACCUUACUUCCUACACAAGCACAAGUUUAUCAACAACAACUUCCACGAUGCAUUCUGUCUCACCUUCAGUUUCUUCAACAAAAAGGUUUACAGAAAUGUCAACACCAAGAGUCCAGAAUUCCCCCACUGGUACAAGCAUACCCACAACUCCAUCAACAAUUACAACACCUUCACCAGCGUUCUCAACCAGCAUGACAUCGCCACUGACUAAGAUAACUUUGGUCCAAAAUUCCUCCAGCAUGACAGGCAUAACUACAUCUAUAACAACAAAAACAUCUACAGAUUCAUCAAUAACGUCUCCAACAUCCACAACAUUGAAAGCAGUCACCCUUACUCUUACCCCUGGAUGUAAUUGUCACUGGUCAGAAUGGAACGAUUUUGGGAGCCCAACGGCAGGCCCCGAUGGCGGUGAAAUUGUACCUAUUGAAAAAAUAACUGACACUUAUCCUACCUUAUGCUCAGCACUAAUGGAAGUACAGUGUCGUGCAAAACGUUAUCCUGAAGUUCCUCUUUCAAAACUUGGACAGAUUGUGAAAUGCAGUACGAAAGAUGGUCUAAUUUGCUUGAACAAACACCAAGGCCUUGCACAGCAAUGCUACGACUAUGAGAUUAGAACAUUCUGUUGUGAUGAAAACUGUAGAAAUAUCACAACAUCUUUACUAAGUACAGCUACUACAACAGUUUCAUCAACAAGCAUGCACUUACCACCUAGUACAACAUCAGUGGUCCAAAGUUCCUCCACAGUUACAGGAAUAUCCACAGACACAUCAACAACAAUUUCUACUGGUAGAUCUUCACCAACUUUUUCAACCAGCAUGCCUGGAACCCCAGUUAAUACAUCAACAAAACUUACUUCCAACACAAGCACAAGUUUUUCAACAACAACUUCCACGAUGCAUUCUGUCUCACCUUCAGUUUCUUCAACAAAAAGGUUUACAGAAAUGUCAACACCAAGAGUCCAGAAUUCCCCCACUGGUACAAGCAUACCCACAACUCCAUCAACAAUUACAACACCUUCACAUGCGUUCUCAACCAGCACGACAUCGCCACUGACUAAAAUAACUUUGGUCCAAAAUUCCUCCAGCAUGACAGGCAUAACUACAACUCUAACAACAAAAACAUCUACAGAUUCAUCAAUAACGUCUCCAACAUCCACAACAUUGAAAGCAGUCACCCUUACUCUUACCCCUGGAUGUAAUUGUCACUGGUCAGAUUGGAACGAUUUUGGGAGCCCAACAGCAGGCCCCGAGGGCGGUGAAAUUGUACCUAUUGAAAAAAUAACUGACACUUAUCCUACCUUAUGCUCAGCACUAAUGGAAGUACAGUGUCGUGCAAAACGUUAUCCUGAAGUUCCUCUUUCAAAACUUGGACAGAUUGUGAAAUGCAGUACGAAAGAUGGUCUAAUUUGCUUGAACAAACACCAAGGCCUUGCAAAGCAAUGCUACGACUAUGAGAUUAGAACAUUCUGUUUACAAGUUUAUCAACAACAACUUCCACGAUGCAUUCUGUCUCACCUUCAGUUUCUUCAACAAAAAGGUUUACAGAAAUGUCAACACCAAGAGUCCAGAAUUCCCCCACUGCAUGACAGGCAUAACUACAACUCCAACAACAAAAGCACCUACAGCUUCAUCAAUAACGUCUCCAACAUCCACAACAUUGAAAGCAAUUACCCUUACUCCUACCCCAGGAUUUUUUUCAACAAAAAGGUUUACAGAAAUGUCAACACCAAGAGUCCAGAAUUCCCCCACUGGUACAAGCAUACCCACAACUCCAUCAACAAUUACAACACCUUCACCAGCGUUCUCAACCAGCACGACAUCGCCACUGACUAA